GUCCCCUAAAUGUUUGUCAUGUCUAAUGAACAUUAUCAGGUGCGCGGAUAAGAGGCUCAGGCACUGUACCAUCCGUUCGACUUUCUGCUUCUUUGUCUAUUAGCAAGCGGAAUGCGCCCUGACAGUCCUACGGGAAUGCGGAUUUGGUUACAUUAGAUAGCAUGAGCCUAUGCAUGACGGCGUAGUCGACUGCCGAGUCGACAUACAAAUGACUUUUACUGUGCGCCCUGUUUACAACACAUUUUUUGUUUAGCAUUCGUGUUUACAAACAAAUUGAAAAUAACACAAUUCGCUGUUUCCGAUUUUUUUUUCGUGACUUCGUUUAUAUUUGUCCCGCGCGUUCGAAAAAAAUAAGUUUCCGUGAUUUUGUGCAUAUUUGUCCCGUGUGUUCCAUAAGCUUGUUCUACAACCGUGUCCACGUCGUUGUUUAUGCUUAACAAUGAUUGCAUCAGCUAAUUUGUGCUCAGUUGGAACCCGCCUCUCUGAGUACGCCAGGAAAUUGCCCCAAGAAAAUCCGAAUGUACGGAAGAGGUACAUUCAAAAACUAAAAAUAAUCAAGUAUAAUGACCCUUAUACACUACAACUUCAAACUGAAAUGCCAACGACUGUAACUACUGGUCAUGUCGUUGACUACCUGUUGAAUUUUAAGUCGCCUUAUACCGGAGAUCCGGUGAAGAACCUCCGCAGUUUGGACGCUUACCGGAAAUUCGAGGCAGGUUUCGUACAAUCCAUGAAAGGACGAUUAAUUGAAAAUUUCUACGUCGUAGUGGGAAAGGUUGCUCAUUCAAUGCGGCUCAACGAAAAGCCAUUGAAUCCGUGGGUCAUAGUCCAGCGAGAAGGAACAAUCAUUUCGGCUCACUGUGACUGUGCCGCUGGCAUAAGUGAAACGUGUUCGCAUGUGAGCGCCAUAUUGUAUGCCUUGGCAAAUCUUCAUCAAUUGACCACUGAUGGAAAGAUAACUGUCACCGACGUUCCGGCCUACUGGCAACAACCCAGAAAACGUGUGAAAGAUGACUUAUACAAAAUGGUCAAAGACGUUGACUAUGGCAAAAAAAUCAAGCGAUAUUACGACACAAACAUCAACAAGAGCCGAACCGAAUUUUUAAACCUUCUGGAGACGAUAAAGCAGGACGGAAACAAUGCAGCGGUUUUUGGAUCGCAUUGUGAUAAUGUUAAUUUCACCUGCAUCCAAUGCUGCGAAAAUGAUUAUCCAGAUGAGAUUUUUUUUGAACAAAUCAAUUCUUCUCCAGAACAACUUUAACCCUGCGUUAGAAGGAAAAUCCUUAGACGUGCUGAUUUCAAUUGGCAAAACGCUUCGCUUAAAAUUAAACCCAAAUGAGAUAUCGUUGGUUGAAAAGUUGACCAGGAAACAGCACGAAUCUAAGCUUUGGCAUUGGGCACGUACCGGAAGAAUAACCGCCUCGGUUUUGAAAGAAGUGGUGUAUUCUUCAAAUCAAGUCCCUCCGCCAAAAAGAUCUCUACUGAAGCGUAUUUGCCACCCAUACAAGGAAAAAGCCAUAAACACUCCUGCUGUAGCCUAUGGCAAACAAUACGAGUCAGUAGCGAAACGAGAUCUAGAGCGUAUCCUAAAUCAAACACACCAAGAUGCAAAAUUCGUUGAGAGCGGAAUCGUUAUUGAUGGAAAAUAUCCCUUUAUGGCUGCAUCUCCGGACUAUAUGGUGCAAUGUUCGUGCUGCGGUACUGCUUCCGUAGAGAUCAAAUGCCCAUAUCGCCUUAGUGAAAAAAGUCCCUUGAAUUUGCAACUCAGUUUGCGCGAACUUGCAAAUUCGAGAGACCCUUUUAUUAAGUUUGACGGGGAAAAAUUCAGCAUGGUAGAAAGCCAUAAGUAUUAUUUUCAUGUUCAAGCACAGAUUUUCAUCACCCGAGCAAAGUAUGGAAUAUUUAUGGUAUGGAGCCGAAAGGAGAAGUUGAUAAUAAGCGUACCUAGAGAUGAAGUUUCUUGGGGCAAUUGGUUGGCCAGGAGUAAGUUGUAUUUUGAAAAUAUACUGAUUCCCGAAUUGCUUGCCAAACAUUUUACUUCAAAUAUUAACUAAGGAUGUAAUCUUGUUAAUCGUAUUUUAUUUUUUUAUUAUUAAAGAUUUUUAUAAAACCUAA